AUGGGGGCUUCAAAUGCUUUGGGAAACGGUAUUGGAGUUGUCAUUACUUCUCCCAUGGGUUUUCAUAUUCCUUUCACUACCAGAAUCUGUUUCGAUUGCACAAACAACAUAGCUGAGUAUGAAGCUUCCAUAUAUGGGAUAAAAGUAGUUAUUGACUUGAGAAUCAAAUACCUGGAUGUAUAUGGGUACUCAGCUCUGGUUAUCAACCAAAUUAAAGGAGAAUUGGAGAUAAGACAUCCAAAUAUGAUUCCAUACCGAGAGAAUGUAUUAAAGUUGAUUCCGUAUUUGGAGGAGAUCACAUUUGACCAUAUCUCGAGGGAAGAGAACCACUUAGCAGAUGCACUGGCUACUCUGGCAUCCAUGUUUCCAGUUAAAUGGGUGAAUGACGCCCCCUCCAUCAGCAUUAUUAGGUUGGAUGAGCCGACAUUUUUCUAUGCUAAUGAUGAAGUGCGGGAUGGUAAGCCUUGGUUUUAUGACAUCAAAAUAUACCUUGAGAAACAAGAGUACCUGGAGGAUGCAUUUAUCCCGGAUAAGAAAAAACUAAGGAAGCUGUCUGCCAGGUUUUUCUUGAAUGGUGAUGUAUUGUAUAAGAGGAAUCAUGAUCUUGCUCUACUCAGAUGCAUGGUUAGAAAUGAAGAAGAAAGAAUUAUUGAAUAG